AUGAAAUGUUCAUCUAUUCGAUUGACUGAUUUACCUGAUGAAAUUCUUAUGAUUAUUUUUAAAAAAUUAGACAAUAUUACAUUACUUUACUCUUUAUCAGGUGUUAAUAGAAAUUUAAAUAAACUAAUAUAUGAUUUUAUGUUUACGAAUCGUUUGACUUUGCUACACUGUGUACCAAUUCGUUUGAUUAAACUAACAUCUUUGUCAAUUAAUUAUUUUUUUCCAUUACCUGAUCUGAUACUUAAUCGUUUUUGUUUGCAUAUUUUACCUGAAAUUCAUCAAAAAGUCAAAUGGCUUGAUCUUGAACAAUUAUCAAUGGAACGUAUUCUUUGUACUACAUAUUAUCCUAAUUUAUCUGGAAUUGGUUUAUAUAAUAUUGAUAUAGAAAGAGCUAUAAAUAUUUUUUCUGAUGAAUGUUUCUUCACUUGUACUUACAAAAAUCAAAUUUCAUCGCUUAUUAUCGAUAUUAAUACAAAUGGAGAACAAAGUCUAACAGGCAAUGAAAAUACACUUUUAUUCACGCGUAUAUUUACUACAUUUACUAAUUUACGAAUAUUAAAUAUUGGCCCAUCUUCAAUUUUUUAUCAACAUUUAUCCUUCGAUCUUUCACCUCCAACUGUUAUUUCUUCGACUUUAUUAGACUUACAUGUUUGUUUGAGUAGAUUUCAUGAUUGUCUUCAUUUGCUUGAUGGACGUUUCGAUCAGCUUCGUAUAUUCCAUGUUAAGAUUGAUUUUAUUGAACUUUCGAGUUUAAUAUUCAAUAAUAAGGAAAAAUUAUCUAAUUUAAGAUCGUUUACGCUUUUUUGUGAUGAUACAACAGAUGGUUAUUAUCAAUUAAUUUUACCACUAUUACAUCGAAUGCCGAGUUUAGAAGAACUUGAUUUAUCUCUUCUUGUUUGGACGGAUAACACAUUUAUUGACGGUAAUAAUUUGAAAUUCAAUAUUAUUCAUCAUAUGCCAUUAUUAAAAAAAUUUACAUUUAAUAUUCAUUCAUCCACUCAUUUUUAUAAUCAAGAUAAUUUACCGUCUAAUGAAUAUAUUCAAGAAACAUUAAAAAAUUUUGAAAAUAAACAAAUCAUUUCUUCUAUCGAUUAUUUUCAUGAAAAUAAAUACAGUGGAAUAUUUAACUCGGUUCGUCGAGUGUCACUAAUUGAUGAACGUUCUUUUGAACAUGAAUUUUUUCUUCGAAUUACUCAAUCCUUUCCAUUUAUGGAAAAAUUAACUUUAAUAAAUAAUAAGCGACAAAAUAAUAAACAAUUUAGAAAAUCGAAAAAUAUAAAUCAAGAUUUGCCAAUCAUUGAAUAUCCUUAUCUUAUUGAACUUGAUCUUUCUAAAGCUCAGAAAGAUUAUUAUGAACAAUUUUUAUUUUACACCAAAACAUGUUUACCAAAUGAUAUCCGUGUUAAUAUGGACUAUCGAUUAGUGAAAAAUGUUACACGAAACUUUAGAAGACCUACAACACGAAGUAAUUGUGCCAAAAUGGUUUUCAUAUAUUUUCUGAACAAAUCAAAAUUUCCGGAUCAUCUCAAGGACUUUUUUCCUCGUACGCUAAUAUGUUGA